AUGACAGCGCACCAACAGUGUAUGCAAUACCACUUCGAGAAGUUUCCAGAAGCAAUUCGCCAGAAGCAGAAACAAGGGUCGCUACCAAAGCAGCAGUUCUUCGCGCCAUGGAUAUCAACGGUCGAAGAGAAGUGGGGCUACCUCGCUGAAAUUCACGAAGAGAAGGUGUCCAGCGAAUAUGCCUUCAUGGAUGCAUCAUCGCGUGGUAUUCUCGAUACCAUCUUUGCCAUUGGUGGUAGAAGCCAGCUUGAGAGGAUCGUGCAAAAUGGACUGCAUGAGAAAGCCGCAUAUAUGAUGAGUGCCAAGUCUCAACCGCUCAAACGCCUCGAACGCAUCCUUCGCAUCAUGGAGUCAUUCGACAUACCGGACUACAAGUACCUCGUCAGUGAUACCAAUGUGGUAGUUCAAGCUGUCAACUAUUGUACCGGCAGCCCCGCCCAAGACCUCACCGAUAUCGAAUCAAUCUACUCCAUCCUCUUCCCCUACACGCUCUGCCCACCCACCAUCUAUCUCACCAUCAUUCGCAUAAACCACCUCCGCGCCGAGACCUCGUCUCUAUUCCCCAACGCAUCCCACUUCCUCACCGCCCACGACUUACUCUCCCUCAUCGAAUCCUUCAGUCCCGAAGACUGGGCCCAACCCGGCCCGCACUUCGAUGAAUGGAUGCUCAUUGGCCGUACAUAUCAAUCUGCCGCCGCGCUGUAUUGCACCAUGGCCUUGCAAUCCCUCACCAUCCUCCCCUCCACGCUCGAAAUGAACGCCAUGCGCUCCGUCCACGGCACGCAGCUCCUCGCGAACCUACACCAAGCGCCCAAGACACCCCGCCUCACGUGCUUCGUCAUGUGGCCGCUGACAAUCGCCGGCGUGGAAGCGGGGUAUCGCGAUGCAGUUGGCGCGGUUGCUUGGAACAAGUGGGCCAUUGAAGAGUCUAGCGGUAUUGAGGCGGUACUGGGAGAAUAG